AUGCCUCCUGACUAUCCUGAAUACAUCGAGAGGACGAGACCAGCCGUUCUUCGAGAGCUUAAGGAGAAGUUGAUUGAGUAUGACACGGUGCUCUUGAAAACUAGAGAAAUGGCUACGCUGCAGCGGCCUGCGAAGCGGGAUUAUGAGAGUGUUAAGAACUUUUUCGUCAAUUUUGCUCCGAUCACGGUUAAAGAGUCCAGAUUCAUUCGUCGAAAAGAGGACGUUGUCACUCUAAGAUCUGGAAGGGAGAGCGCGGCAUUCGAUGGCUUCGUGGAGACUUGUCUGAGCCGAAUGCUGCCAGUAAUCAUAAUGUAUCGAGUGGCGGAAAUGGGAGAGAGCCAGUCGCCAUUAAAUGCCCUAGGUGUGCUAAUUGUCUUUACGCUGAUAUUUGGCAUGGCUGUAUCGGCACUCACCACAGCUAAACGGCACGAGCUGUUCGGCGCGUCUGCAGCGUACGCUGCUGUCUUGGUCGUCUUCAUUGGAAAUUUCGGUGUGCAGCAGGUAGAUCCUGGUACGACAGAGGCGUGGACGACUGUCUUUACCAAUAUUACAUCGUAA